AUGGACAUGUCCCCAUCAACGGCGGUUCGCCUGUUCCUGCAGGUCUUCCCGGUGACCGUCAAAACGGCACUCUACCACCUCUUGCGUCUAUCAGAAAAUGUUGCCAAGCAAACUCUACGUACGGAGCUCCUAGUUGCUAUCAUUCGUACCCUCGUCGCCAUCCCGACUCCCAUCGGCCGGAUACAAGCUUUCGGCAACCGCGACCAGGGAAUCAAGGGCGGCAUAUGGAUCUCGAAAGUCACGAUACCUGCUCCACCAGGUGGCGACUUGGCUGAUCUUGUGCUGGGCGCUGUCAAGGACCUAGAUGAGAGCGGACUGGGCCUGGCAGAAACUGGGCUACCAGACCUGAAGGCAGCUGCCAUUGGAGCGGAAUGGACCGGCCCUCGAGGAAAUGUGGCUAAAGACGCCCCAAGGCCAGACUUUGAGGAGCGCGAACAUUACGAGAAUCUGGUGAAGGAAUCGCCAGGAGAGACAACGAUCCUGUAUUUUCACGGCGGGGGCUAUUUUACCAUGGAUCCCGCAUCUCAUCGUCUGACUACGCGUGCCCUUGCGAAAUCGACUGGCGGUCGUGUGCUCAGCGUCCGCUACCGGCUUGCGCCGCAGCAUCCGUUUCCAUGUGCCCUUCUCGAUGCACUGCAGGCGUAUCUGUACCUGAUUGUGCCACCACCGGGUGCUUUCCACGAACCAGUCAAACCCCAGCAUAUCGUCUUCGCAGGCGACUCGGCAGGAGCUGGUCUGUCAACAUCUCUGCUGCUACUGCUGUUACAGUUUCAACGCACAGCUUCGACGAACGCUACCCCAAAGCUCCAACUUGAUGGUCAUUCAGUAAAAGUGGACUCGUCAAUCCUCCCUGCCGGGAUCGCUCUCAAUUCACCAUACGUCGACGUAACACAUGCCCUACCUUCUGUCACCGCAAAUGCGCACUACGACUACCUUUUCACCCCACCAGCGCCUACUUCUACUACAGCCGACACGACCAAUCUGGCGCCUCCGGAAGCAAACUUCCAACCUCCACCAGACGAGCACUGGCCGACAUCUCCUCCUCGUGCAGAUCUGUACGCCCCCGUGGCUCGCCUGCUCGCACACCCGCUUGUAUCACCCGUGAUGUCCAAAGAUGAACACUGGAAAGGCUCGCCUCCCGUAUGGAUCGCGGACGAUAUCGCGGUCUGGGACAAAGGUACAAUUCCUGGGCUGGGAGGCAUGCCACACUGCUUCGCAAUGCUCUUCCCUACCUCACCUUCCGGGAAGACGUGUAUGAAGAAAUGGGCGCAGUUCGCUGUCGAUAUCACACAGCCAGACGGCCACAAAACCGGUCAAGAAGCUGCAAUCAUAUCCGGAGCAUAUUGGUACAAGCCACGGCAAAAUGUUGCUCAGGAGAGGUACGAAGUGCCUUUCGAAAGGCUCACAUCAAUCAGCGACGAAGAAGUGCGGCGCUUGGUAUCCGCGUCGGCUGACAGAGCUGCAAAGCGGGAGGAAGAGGCCGUGAGGAAAUGGGAACGAGAUGCAGCCAAGCUCGCCUGUGAUGAAGCCGCCGAGAUGGCGAUCUGGCUGGACUAUAAAGCGUUGCAGAGGUUUGGGCCAAGGUAUAUACAGCCAUAUGUAUAG